AACUUCAAUCUUUUCUAUUAACUCCCACACCCACUUCCCGGAAUUCUCUCUAAUUUAUCAAUCAGUUAAAACACUCAGUCACAUCAAAAUUCAACUUCAACAUAGACGGAGAAUCAAAAUUGAACUUCAAACGCCAGGCCGCUUCACCACUGCAACCGCCGGAAAACAACGAAUCGCACCACUGCAACCGCCGGAAAACAACCGCCGCUAGUGACAAAUGGUCAUGGAUAAAUCAUGGAUUUCGUCAGAUAGAUUAUCAAAUGCAUAUGACAAAGGCGUGGAAGCGUUUUUAGAGUUUGCGCAAAGUAAUAAUCCUCAAUUGGAUGUUAUUCCAUGUCCUUGUGUAAAUUGUAUCAAUUUGUGUCACCGCUCUAUUGAUGAUGUGCGUUAUCAUUUGUUUGCCCACGGUUUUGAUGAAAGUUAUACGGUCUGGUCUUUUCAUGGAGAAAAACUUCCGAAGCUUGAUUCUAGAUGCCCUAAUGAAUCUAGACCUCCUGACUUUAUUAAUACAAAGGAAAUGCUACAUGAUGCCUUCAAUUAUGUAGAGAAUGAACCCGAUUCAUUGAAAUCACUUCUUGAAGAAUGUGAUAAACCACUUUACGUUGGGUCAAAGUAUAAUGCACUCAGUGGAUUAUUGAAAUUUCAACAUUUGAAAGGUCAAUUUGGCUGGUCUGAUGCUAGUUUUGACGCUUUGUUGGGUGUCCUAAAAGAUAUCUUACCAUCAAACAAUACAAUUCCUACAUCGAUAUAUGAGGCCAAGAAGUUGCUAAAAGGAGUAGGUAUACAGUAUGAAAAGAUUCAUGCAUGUGAAAAUGACUGUGUUCUAUUCUCUGGAAAGAACAUAAGGAUGCUUCUCAGUGUCCAUCUUGUGGCACAUCUCGUUGGAAGAAGAAUACCCAAAACUUGCCUUCAAAAGUUUUGUGGUAUUUUCCUCCCAUCCCUAGAUUUAAAAGAAUGUUUUCAUCACCGGAAAUUGCACAUGACUUAACUUGGUAUGCACAAGGUCCGGUCAAUAAUGGUAAGCUAUCUCAUCCUCGUGAUUCCCCCUCUUGGAAGCUUGUUGACAACACGUGGAAAGAAUUCGGAAAAGAAAAUCGGAAUCUUAGGUUAGCCUUGUCCGCUGAUGGUAUCAAUCCUCACAAGUCAUUAAGUUCUACGUAUAGCUGUUGGCCGGUUAUCCUAAUAACAUAUAAUCUUCCAUCUUAUUUGUGUAUGUCAAGAAAAUUCAUGAUGUUGACUCUAUUGAUAUCAGGGCCAAACCAACCUGGUAACAAUAUUGAUGUCUACUUGGCACCAUUGAUAGCAGAUCUAAAACUCUUAUGGGAAACUGGCGUUAAAACGUUUGAUGCUUAUAAGAAAGAAUACUUCAAUCUAAGAGCAAUAUUACUCUGGACUAUAAAUGACUUUCCCGCAUAUGGUAAUCUUUCGGGGUGUGUUACCAAGGGUUAUUAUGCUUGUCCAAUAUGUUCGGAGAAUACUUGUUCACAAUGGUUGCCAAAGUCCAAAAAAGUAUGCUUUCUUGGCCAUAGAAGAUUUCUCCCACUUGAACAUCCUUUUCGUAAAAGAAAAAAAGAUUUCAACAAUCAACAAGAGAAUGAUAUUAUAAAAAACCCAUUAUCAGGCGAAGAAAUUUACGACUCUCUGACGGGGUUUGAGAAUACAUGGGGUAAGAAGAAAAAGACAAAGAAGGAAACGUCAAGGAAGCAAACGUCAAAGAAGAAAACACCAAAGAAGAAAACUUCAAAGAAGGAAAAAGAAAGUAUCGAUGAAAGAGCUAAAUUGUGGAAUAAAAAGUCAAUUUUUUUUGAACUUGAAUAUUGGAAGAAGUUGCUUGUUCGUCACCAGUUAGAUGUUAUGCACAUAGAAAAAAAUGUGUGUGAGAGUGUUUAUGGGACAUUGUUGAAUUUACCCCACAAGACGAAGGAUGGAUUAAAUGCACGACAAGAUCUUGAGGAGUUAGGCAUUAAGUCUGAAUUACAACCUCAACUAAACGGGAAUCGACUUUUGCUUCCUCCUGCGUGCUACACAUUGAAUUACUCGGAGAAACGUCUAUUUUACGAUACCUUGUCUAACAUAAAAGUGCCUGAUGGGUAUUGCUCCAACUUCAAAAAUCUCGUCUCUGAUGAUGUUUCAAAGAUGAAUGGCUUGAAGUCUAAUGAUUGUCAUGUACUGAUGCAACAACUUCUCCCUUUUGCAAUCAAAGGGGUGUUACAUGAGAAAGUGAGGAAAACAAUCAUAAGCUUAUGUCAUUUCUUCAACAAGUUGUGUAGUAAAGUUGUUGAUGUUAGUAAACUAGGAAAGCUGCAAAGUGACAUCGUAUUGACUUUGUGUUUGUUAGAGAAGUAUUUUCCUCCUUCAUUUUUCGAUGUCAUGAUUCACUUGAUGGUGCAUUUAGUUAGAGAGGUUAGGCUAUGUGGCCCGGUUCAUUUUAGGUGGAUGUAUCCAUUUGAGAGAUACAUGAAAACACUCAAAGGGUAUGUACGAAAUCAUCAUCGACCCGAGGGUUGCAUUGCAGAAUGUUAUGUGGUAGAGGAAGCCUUAGAAUUUUGCUCGGGCUACUUUAAAAACAUGAAGUCAAUUGGUAAUCCUUAUGAACGUGUUGAUGAAAGAAUCUGCACAGGCAAGCCUUUAUCGGGGGGGGGGGGGGCUAUGAUUGAGGUUGUGGAUGCUAAGUUACUUGAUCAAGCUCAUCUUUAUGUAUUACGAAACACUGCUAGUGUGGAGCCGUAUAUAGAGCAACAUAUGUUGGAAUUGAAGAAUCACAACCCACGUGCCUCUCGAAAUAGUACAUGGUUGCAAGGCCAACACAGUCGAACAUUUAUUAGUUGGUUUAAGAACGAGGUUGAAAAACGUUUGGCUAAUGCGGAAGAUGUUUGUGACACUGUUCGUUGGUUGGCCAAAGGGCCUAGUUUUGCUGUUGCUAAAUAUACUGGUUUUGCCAUAAAUGAGUAUCGGUUCCAUACAACAUCUCGAGAUGAAUCUAAAACAACUCAAUGUAGUGGAGUAUCUUUAGUUGCACAUGCUAUGCAGAUUGCUAGUGCAAAAGACUCCAAUCCUGUUUAUGGCGCUGUUACUUACUUUGGUCGUAUAAAGGAGAUAUGGGAUCUUGAUUAUCGCAUGUUUACCCUUCCCGUUUUCAUGUGUGAUUGGGCUGAUAGUCGUGGAGUAAAAAAGGAUGAUUUUGGAUUCACAGUGGUUAACUUUGAUAGGCUUGGUCACCAGCCUGACCGCUUCAUAUUAGCUAGUCAAGCCAAACAAGUUUUUUAUGUUCAAGAUCAACAAGAUAAGAAUUUAUCUGUUGUUGGUUUUACACCACAUAAGAUGUACAAGUAUGGAGCAAGUGGUGAAAUUGAUGAUAUGUUGGCAUUUGAUGCUACUAUUGAUGUUUCACAGUACUCCGGUUUGGUAGACCUUGACGAUGAUUUUUCGUGUAUGCGCGUGGAUGGCGAGGGCAUAUUAGUUUAAACUAUUUCGUGAAUAAUUAAAUCUGUAGUUUUUGUGUUUUUAUUUCAGUUCUUAGAUGUGAUUAAUUAUGUCUGAAUUGUUUGAAUUUGAGAAUUUUGCGAUUAAUUUGAUGUUUUAAUUACCUAAUUCUGAUUCGGAUCA